GUGAUCGCGCGGCGGCCGGCUUCUUUCGCCUAAGGUUCUCACCGGCCUCGGCCUCCGGUGACGCCUCGAUUCGGAAGUUGUUACGGGAGGUGCUUCUUUUCCCACGUGUUUCGGCGUAGGGGGGUCUCCGGACGGCGGAUCGACUCCCUCGGCACGGAAAAUGAGGGUGAAGGUGCUGAGCAGGAACCCGGACGACUUUGUGCGCGAAACCAAGCAGGACCUUCAGCGGGUUCCACGGAAUUAUGAUCCUGCGUUACACCCAUUUGAAAUUCCACGGGAAUACACAAGGGCGCUAAAUGCAACUAAAUUAGAUCGUAUAUUUGCGAAACCUUUUGUUGCAUCAUUAGAUGGUCAUCGGGAUGGAGUUAAUUGCAUGGCUAAACAUCCACAAAGCUUAUCUACAGUUCUGUCUGGAGCAUGUGAUGGAGAGGUUAGAAUCUGGAACUUGAUGAAGCGUGUAUGCAUCCGUACAUUGCAAGCACAUGAGGGCUUUGUAAGAGGAAUAUGUACCAGUUUUUGUGGCACCUCUUUCUUCACUGUGGGUGAUGAUAAAACGGUGAAGCACUGGAAAAUGGAGGAGCCAGCUUAUGGGGAAGCAGAAGAACCAAUAAAUACCAUUCUUGGAAAGACAGUGUACACUGGAAUCGAUCAUCAUUGGAAGAAACCUGUAUUUGCUACUUGUGGUCAUCAGGUUGAUAUCUGGGAUGAGCAGAGAACUAGUCCUUUAUGUUCUUUGACUUGGGGAGUCGAUAGCAUAAACAGUGUUAAAUUCAAUCCAAUUGAGAUGAAUAUUUUGGGAAGCUGUACUUCAGACAGAAAUAUUGUGCUGUAUGAUAUGAGACAAUCAACUGCCCUAAAGAAGGUAAUAUACAUAUUCUUUAAAAAAAGUCCACUUGCAUGA